AUGCUCCUCAAUACGUCAUUGCGGCAAUCGAGUCCGCGCCCUUGCAAACCCAAUUCCUCUCACUAUUCUCUUCUAUUCUAUUAUCUUGUUGUCCUGGUUGCUUCAGGACUGGUCGCAGCAUCACCCGUCGUUGAAGAGAAUCGAAGAGGUAACUCGCUCUCUUCAGACGAACCUACUUCUGCCGAGAGAAGACAGCUGUUCGGUGUUCCGUGGGGUGCCUUCGGUCUUCAAGUUAGCCGGGGCGAUCCCGAUCCCAAGAAUUCUGGCCUCGUCGUGGACAACUCUGAACCACAGCUUCCUCACAAGAUCGAUCUCACUAUCUCCAAUGAAAUGCCCGUACCUGGUAACACCAACAAUGGCCCUGGUGUCAUGCCAGCACUAGGCGACAUCUCCAGCAACCACGCUUCACAAUUCGACGGUUCUCUACCUCUGCCAGUGCCAAGCAUGCUGGACCACGACGAUGUCCCUUCAGUUCCAGAAACCUUUGGUGACGAGAGUACAACCAAUGCGGGUGCCGGUGUCAAUAAUGACGCUCCUACGCGCAUGGAGUUCCCCAAUAACGGUGCUUCACCUCUCAACAUUGUGCCCACCCCGCCAUCGACCGAUGACGUCUCACACAAGGAGAACAGCAUAGGAACUGCACCAGGAGCCCAAUUUAGCCCUGGCGAAGGAGUUGCACUGCCUUCUAGCGAUACAAUCUUGGUCCCGGGCGGUUUGUUCACGACUGCCGCACUUCCAGCAGGCCUUGAGGCUUCCCCAAGCAGCGGCGCACCAGAUGGAGGGGCUCAGCAAGGUGGCGGUUCGGCCGAUUCCCAAGGAUUCUCUGCAGAUCAGCCAGAUGAACCUCUCGUGACAGCGUUCACCGGCGAUUUGGGCCCAGGACAGCCUCGAGUCACUGCUCAGCCACUUCAAGGAUACCCUGCCCCCCAACCUGAGCCCGAAACAAACGGUCCUGGACAGCAGCCUGGACAACAACCACCCGGCACCGGACCAUCACCGGGUCAAGCCCAAUCACCUAGCCCCCUAGGAGAGCAGCAGCAACCAGACCCGCGUCUGCCUGCUGGUCAGCCUCAACAGCAAGGACAGGGCCAGCCGGCGCAAGGUCAGUCUACGAGUCAGCCCGCGGGCCAACCUCAGCAAGCCGGAGCUCAGCAGGCUGGCGACCAACAGCAAGAUGGGCAGCAAGAUCAGGGUGCAACGCUGCACCCAGCAACAGGCAGUCAGCCAGGCGGAAAUGCUCAGCAGUCGGGUCAAACCUCACAGUCCGGCGAUGGAUCUACUCAGCAGCCUGGUACAAGCCCUGGCACGACGCAGCAGAACAGUCAAGGUGCACAGCCCGGACAACAGCCACAAGCCAAUAGUGGUUCCAGCAAUAACGGGUUGUCCUCAGAUGGACAAGCCCCGCGGCCCGGGUAUAGACCCCAGCCUGGCGACGGACCACAGCCUGACGACGGGCCCCAACCUGACUAUGUGUCCCAACCUGCUCAAGGACUGCAGCCACGACCAGCCUCUGUCACUUCAGGCUCUGGGCAGCCCAAACCACAGAAUCUAGGUCAGCCUGCUGUAGCCCAGCCGCCUGCUUCCGAAUCCGAUCCAGGCGGCCUAUCCGGGGCUCAGUUGCCGCCGCAAGCUCCUGGACCAGACAGCACUAUUCCGGGCACCGGCUCCCCAAAUGAGAGUGAAAUCCUGGGCAGUCCUGAUUCACUCAGCAACGGAUUGCCGGGCAGCGGUGUCCCAACCGGGUUUUCCGCUUCAUCCUCAACCCUUUUGGCUAUCCCUUCGUCUGCUUGUCCAGCUUGCCCGACAUAUCCUGGGCCUGGCCUUAAUUGCCCUGUGCCCUCGCCAACUAUUCCCGAUCCGAUUCUAGGACCAUGCCCGGGGCGAGGGUAUUCUUGCAAAGAAUGCCUGGACGGAUGGUUCUGUCCCCCAAAAGAAACACCAAUGCAAAAAUGCCCUUGUGGAUGGGGAUGGCCAUGCUAUCAUUGCGAUGGUGGAUGGUAUUGCGCACCGGGUCCAACUCCUGUUCCACCCACACGUGCUUCACCCCCUCCAAUGGUUAUUACGACGACUGUUGUGGUCCCUCAAUCGCCAACAAAUGAUCAUAUUUCUGGAUCAAAUAUUGGACACGGCGGCGGCGCCGGCAACGGCCCUGACAGCGGAUCGAAUGGUAGUCCUGUCAGCAAUCCGAACGGGGGAUCAGGCGGCAGUGAUAAUGCAAGUACUGCGGACGGACCAUAUGAUAACAAUGGUGUUGGCGAACAAGAUCACGCUCCCCCGAUAUGCUCAGGGCCGACCUGUCCUCCACUGACAAGUACCCCAGGAAGUCCAGGUGGAGAAAGUGCAUGCACAAGAGUUGGAUGCCCUUCAAACCGCCCAGGGAGCGGCCAAAGCACUGGAACUGACAACAGUAACGGAGAUUGCACAGGGUUGGGAUGUCCAGCGGGCAACUCCCCGGGCAGUCGUCCAGCUCCGUAUGGAGCCUCAUCAGACAACAGCAAUGGAGUUGUACCGCCUGAUGAUGACGUCGGCGAAGGAGACGAUGGCAUUGUUGCCAGAGUAGCCCCAAUUGCAGGCGGAUGGUCAUACCUCGGAUGCUUCAACGACAAUCCGCAGCGAACGCUGGGACUGCGACUCAAGAGAUUUACUAUGCAGGCAACAUGUCCAAUGAAAAGUGCGUUGCAUACUGCGACUCGAAAGGGCUUUCAACUCGCAGGUACUGAAUAUUCAUCGGGGAGUGCUGGUGCGGCAACGUGUUUCCAAAUCGCCUAA